GCUGGUGCACCAUCAAGCCCGAGAUCAUCUGCAAGAUGGAGGGAGGAGAGAUGCCGUGCGUGCCAGCCCCCCCCGGGGCGCAGCAGAGGCACCGCAGCCCUGAGCCUGGCGGUGAUGUCCGGAGGCAGAGGGAGGAUGGGGGUGUCACCGAGGGGCUGCCAGACCCCACCACCCCGGUCCUGGGGAUGCCCAAGCGGGGCAGGAGGCAGCGGGGAGGCACCCCGGGCAAGGUGCUGCCAUCCUGGCCUCCCUGCAGCCCCCUUCCCCCCAAGAGCCCCCACGCCUGCGCCGAGUGUGGAAUGAGCUUCAGUAAGAUGCAGGACCUGAAGAAGCACCAAGAGACACACACGGCCGCGUGGCCCUUCUCCUGCUGGCAGUGUGGCCGCCGCUUUCGGCUGAAGAAGUUCCUGAUGACGCACCAGAAGGCGCACAGUCGGGAGAAGGCCUUCAACUGCCCCGACUGUGGAAAGCACUUUGCUCACAAGCAUAACCUGCUGAUCCAUUGGCGAGUGCACACGGGUGAGAAGCCCUUUGCCUGUGGCCACUGCGGCCACCGGUUCAGGCAGAAGUACCACCUAGUCAGCCACCAGCGCAUCCACACCGGGGAGCGCCCCUUCGCAUGCGCCCAUUGCCCCAAAGCCUUCAGUCGCAAGACGUCCCUCACUGUCCACCAGCGGGUCCACACCGGGGAGCGCCCCUUCGCCUGUGCCCGCUGUCCCAUGGCCUUCAGGGACAAGAAGACCCUCACCAGCCACCAGCGGGUCUACACUGGGGAGCACCAUUUUGCCUGUGCCCACUGCCCCAAGGUCUUCAGAAGCCAGAUGACCUUUGACAUCCACCAGAGCAUCCACACCGGGGAGCGCCCCUUCGCAUGCGCCCAUUGCCCCAAGGCCUUCAGGCGCAAGACAUCCCUUGCUGUCCACCAGCGGGUCCACACUGUGGAGCGCCCCUUCGCCUGCGCCCACUGUCCCAUGGCCUUCAAGGACAAGAAGACCCUCACCAGCCACCAGCGGGUCCACACUGAGGAGUGCUCCUUUGCCUGCACCCACUGCCCCAAGGCCUUCAAGAACCAGAUGACCCUCACCAUCCAGCAAGACCAUCCACACCAGGGAGACAAGAAGACCUUCACCAUCCACCGGAAAGUCCACACUGAGGAGCGCCCCUUCACCUGUACCCACUGCCCCAUGGCCUUCAAGGAGAAGAAGUCCCUCACCACCCAGCAGCGAGUCCACACCAGGGAGCGCUCCUUUCCUUGCACCACCGGGGAGCGCCCCUUCGCCUGCGACCACUGCGCCAAGGUCUUUAGGGAGAAGAAGGCCCUCGUCAUCCACCAGCGGCUCCACACCGGGGAGCGCCCCUUCGCCUGCGCCCACUGCCCCAAGGCCUUCAGGGACAAGAAGGGCCUCACCAUCCAUCAGUGGGUCCACACCGGGGAACGUCCCUUUGCAUGUGCCCACUGCCCCAAGACCUUCAAACAGAAGCAGGCCCUCACCAUCCACCAGCGCUCCCACACCGGGGAGCGCCCCUUCGCCUGCGCCCAUUGCCCCAAGGCCUUCAGAGACAAGCAGACCCUCUCCAAACACCAGCAUGUCCACACCGGGGAGCGUCCCUUCGCCUGUACCCACUGCCCCAGGACCUUCAGAGACAAGCACAACCUCACCAGCCACCAGCGGGUCCACACCGGUGAGAAGCCCUACAAGUGUGGCGAGUGCGGCAAGUGCUACAGCCAGAAGCAUCACCUGAAUCGCCAUGUGGCGAUGCACCAGGACCCGCCGGUGGUGCCGGAAGGUGGUCCAUCCCCGGUGUGA